GGCGCGUGUGUUGUGGUGCGGCGGCGGCAAGAUGGCGGCGCCCGGGGGCUCGGCGGGCGCCGCGGCGCUGAGGGCGCUGGUCCAGCAGUUCACCGCCAUCACCGGUGCCAGUGAAAGCGUGGGGAAGCAUAUGCUUGAAGCAUGCAACAACAACCUGGAGAUGGCUGUCACCAUGUUCCUGGACGGAGGAGGGAUAGCAGAGGAGCCCAGCACCAGCUCCGCAGCGGUGUCUGCCGUCCGCCCGCACUCUGAGGAUGAAGUACGAGCUCCAAUUCCUCAAAAGCAGGAAAUCUUAGUAGAGCCUGAGCCCUUGUUUGGAGCUCCUAAAAGACGCAGACCUGCUCGCUCAAUAUUCGAUGGCUUUCGGGAUUUUCAGACAGAAACCAUCCGGCAGGAGCAGGAGCUCCGCAAUGGAGGGGCGGUGGACAAGAAGCUCACGACGCUGGCAGAYCUCUUCAGGCCUCCCAUUGACCUGAUGCACAAAGGCAGCUUUGAAACGGCCAAGGAGUGUGGUCAGAUGCAGARCAAGUGGCUCAUGAUCAACAUCCAGAACGUGCAAGAUUUUGCCUGCCAGUGCCUCAACCGUGACGUCUGGAGCAACGAGGCUGUGAAGAACAUCAUCCGGGACCAUUUCAUUUUUUGGCAGGUGUACCACGACAGCGAGGAAGGACAGCGGUACAUACAGUUCUAUAAAUUAGCAGACUUCCCCUAUGUCUCCAUCCUGGAUCCCAGGACAGGCCAGAAGCUCGUGGAGUGGCACCAGUUAGAUGUGACUUCUUUCUUGGACCAAGUGACCGGGUUCCUGAGUGAGCACGGCCAGCUGGACGGCCAUUCCACCAGCCCUCCCCAAAAAUGCUCUCGUUCUGAGAGUCUCAUCGAUGCCAGUGAGGACAGCCAGCUGGAAGCUGCCAUCAGGGCCUCGCUSCAGGAGACACAUUUUGAUUCCUCUCAGGCCAAGCAGGAGAGCCGCUCAGAUGAGGAGUCAGAGUCAGAGCUUUUCUCUGGAAGCGAAGAGUUCAUUUCAGUUUGUGGAUCYGAGGAGGAGGAGGAAUCGGAGAUUCCAGCCAAGCUGAGGAAAUCUCCACACAAGGACUUGGGGUUUAAAAAAGAGGAGAGCCGGAGGCCUCAGCCUGAGCCCUCGGCAAGGACUGAGCCUGGGACAGCAUCAAACCACAGAGUCCUGCCCUGCCUCGAUUCAGGGGCACUGGAGGAGUCACCUGACAAGCCUGAGAGCACCUUCCGGGGCCUCGACGUGAAUGGACCAAAGGCACAGCUGAUGCUACGGUAUCCAGAUGGAAAGAGGGAACAAGUUUCACUGCCUGAACAAGCUAAACUUCUGGCUCUGGUGAAACACGUSCAGUCCAAAGGAUACCCCAACGAACGCUUCGAACUGCUCACCAACUUUCCUCGGAGGAAACUCUCCCACCUGGACUAUGAGAUCACGUUACAGGAGGCAGGCCUGUGUCCUCAAGAGACUGUCUUUGUGCAGGAAAGGAAUUAGCACUGUGGCCUGAGCUCUCCCAGCCUUCCUCCCUCUCCCCUUUGCCUGGGACAACGAGCCGUUAAAUAUGCAGUUAAGGGUCAUGGGAUUGCAGUGCUGGAAUCAGGCAGCUGGCUGGCCCUUCUCCCUCCUCCUCUCUGUCCCUCCCUCCUCCCACUCUAGUGACCAAAURAGAGUGUUCAGAGUUUUAUUUUCUUCCUCAGCUGCAGAGAGCAUUGGGAAGAGCAUCUUUCCUCUGCUUUCCUGGAAUAAAGUAAAACAGUGAUCUGUGUAUCCAGCAUGCUGGAGCUUGGAGUGGCCAUAAUACACGAACCCUUCUCGCUGCUAUUCUUAAAUCUGUUUUAUUUAUUUUUGAAAAGAGGGUGUGAUAAGGCACUGAGGCAUCUCUCUGUAAGGAGAGAGCAUAACCUUCAGGACAGUCUUUCCUUUGUUUGGAUUCCCUGCAGUAAAGGAUUCUCCAUUAACCUUCCAGCCUUCUCUUAUCCACCACUCUGGUUUUGGAAAGGAUUGGGGUUGAGUGUGAUAAAAUACUGUGGCCCACCUAACUCAAAGGCUUCUAGAUUGCCUGCAUGUUUUCCUCCUGCUUUAAAUUGCCAGUGGACACAGCAAAAAAAAAAAACAAUCCCAAAAAAGCCAGCUUUGCCCCAUAUGGGAUUGACUGCUUGGCCCAGAGGGAAAGCUGGGAGUUCAGUGCUGSAGCAGAACCAGCCCUUCAUGGGAGUGGGUGGCUUUUCCAUGUUCUUUUCCCAGCAUCCUCAAAGUGUCUCCUUACUUGCUCUCAGGAUUUUGCAAAUGACAAGGGUACUGUAAAGGUUUKGGGUUCUCUGGAAAUGCCUGCCACAGAGCCUUGAUAGGCACUUGGCCUUUUUCCUUKGCACAGAGGUUGGUUUUCCCAGGAGUGAGUGGCUCUGCAGGGCUUUUAGAGCACUGACUGYUUUGAGCAUCAAUUAAUGCUUCAUAGAGCACUUCCCAGCCUGUUGCCUUCAGCUCCCUGGGAUAAGUUUUAUUCAAUUUCCAGGUUCAUCUACUGUUACUUCCCUCUUCAGAGGGUUGCUUGGUUUGGGCUUUCCUUCCAGCUCUGGGGCUGGCACCACAAGUCAGUGCCCUGUUUCUCCUCCAAUGUCUUCUCCAGACGUGGAGCUGUUGGUCACUUGGUGUUUCAGCAGCUGUUCCAGUGGGACAGGAGUUAACUAGUCCAGCCCUCAGAAAGGUAUGGUGGAUUUGUGUAUUUACAGCUAAAAUCUCAGUUUAAUGUUCUGUUUAGUCACUGAGGAGAAAGGCACAUUGGACCUGCCAUAAUCGCUGAUUUUUCUGCCUCUCUCAGAUGAUUGUUCUUGUUAAAGACUUUAGUAGUCACAAAUUUACUAUAUUCCAAAUUUUCAAGAUAUUUUACCUUUGAUUUCAUACUAGCCUCCAUACUUUGGAACCUUUAAAUGCAAGAAAUCACAGAAAAUGUCUGUGUUCUCCAUGAAAACUUYGGCUCACAGCUGUCUCCUGCUCAUAAUUGAGGUUUGACUUGUAAUCAUGCACUUGUAUAAAUUAAUUUCCCUUUCUGCUGCAGGAUGUAGUGUCAGGAAAGCAGAMUCUGAUCUCAGUUUCCUGAUCAGUGAUUUAUGUGACACCAGAUGGCAUUUUUGGUUUGUAGAGACACCUUGGAGUGGAGGCUGCUCCCUGCAUGGGAAAGUGAGGGGAGUCUUGUGUUUACCCUGUAAAGCAGCAGUGGAUCCUUCAGUUCCUGGGUAUCCAGGAACUAUCCUGGAUAUCCUAACUCGUGCUUCCAUGUAGACCUGAAGCUUCCCAAAGCAGCUCCAGCUCUCUGCUUGGCAUAACAAGUUCCAGUUGUGGUUUAUUGGCAGCUUCCCUCCCCUUCCCCCUGUACGUGGGGCUGGGCUGAGCUCUGUGGUGAGACCAGGAAUCUCUCAAAACAGAGUAAGAAGAAUGGGAAGUUGAACACUUAUAUUGAAAAUGGCAUUUUCUCAUGGUUCUAGUAGUUUGUUCUGUUCCAGGAAACUCUAAUCCUGGGUUGGAUUUUUUUUUUGUUUCUGUGUCACUCUG